CUCAUUUUCUCCCCAUUCUUGAAAAAGAAAAUAUAUAUUCCCAAAAAUUCCGCCAUUUAUAUCCUUUCCACCUGCUUCCUUCCCACAGUAAAAAGAAUUGAAAAUGUCCGCCGGCGAAAACCCAGGUUCCGCCGGCCGUAUUUCCGGCAUCAAAUCAGCACUUCGUGUCAUCCCUAACUUCCCUAAGCCAGGUAUAAUGUUUCAAGAUAUUACUACAUUGUUACUUAAUCCCAAGGCGUUUAAGGAUACAAUUGAUCUGUUUGUGGAGCGUUACAAACAUGAAAAUAUAUCUGUCAUUGCAGGAAUUGAAGCUCGAGGUUUUAUCUUUGGGCCUCCAAUUGCACUUGCAAUAGGAGCAAAGUUUGUGCCAUUAAGGAAACCAAAAAAGUUACCCGGUGAGGUGAUAUCAGAAAAGUAUAUACUGGAAUAUGGAUCGGAUUGCCUUGAAAUGCAUAUUGGAGCAGUUGAGUCUGGAGACCGAGCUUUGAUUGUUGAUGAUUUAAUCGCUACUGGUGGCACUCUUUGUGCUGCAAUGAACUUACUAGAGCGUGCAGGUUCUGAAGUUGUCGGGUGUGCUUGUGUAAUUGAAGUACCGGAGUUAAAGGGUCGGGAGAGAUUGAAGUCCCAUGGGAAGCCGUUGUAUGUACUUGUUGAGUCAGUGUUUGAGCCAACUUCCCAAUGAAAAGUUAUCUUUUCUGCAUUUGUGGAAAAGAAGUGUACAUUAGAGGGGUCUUAUUGGCCAUAACUCUCUCAUGCAAAUCCGUCUCAGUGGUAAAUUUUGGUGAUUAAAACCUUCGAGGCAUAGACCAUUUGUUUAGAUUCUUUUUAUCUGGUUGGAUUCAUAUACUGUCUGACUUCUCAAUGACAACGAUGAAUUUGAUUUCACCAAUUCACUUA